AUGGCAUCUAUGAACGAAGAUAACAGUGUUAACGAAGAUCCUCAUGUCAAGGAGAAUGACCCAUUGAUUCAGACUUAUAACAAAACCAACGAUGGCGGUGGUGAUUACAUUGAUUUGGUGACGCCCCACCACGAUUCUAUACCGGAAACCACCGGUCUGUCUCCUCCACCGCCGCCACCUUUGUUGUAUUGGGUUAAAUUAGGGGUGCUUCUCCUCGCCCUUAGCGUUCUAGGUCUUGUUGUUUUCAACUGGGUUGGACCAUUCUUCAUUCACAAGGUGUUUAUUCCACUAAUAAAAUGGCAGGAAGAGACAUUCACUACCAUGCAGUUAGCUAUUAUAGUGUUUGCUUCAAUAUCAAUAUUUCCUACAGUACUUUUACCAUCUUCACCUUCUAUGUGGUUUGCUGGAAUGAUAUUUGGUUAUCUUUAUGGUUUCUUGAUAGUAAUGUCUGCCGCAGUUAUUGGAGUAUCACUCCCUUUUUUCAUUGGAUCAAUGUUCCAUCAUAAAAUUGAAGGUUGGUUAAACAAAUAUCCAAAGAAGGCUACUGUUUUAAGAUCUGCUGGUGGAGGAACUUGGUUUCAUCAGUUUAGAGCAGUUGCUUUAAUAAGGAUUUCUCCAUUUCCUUACAUACUUUAUAACUAUUGUUCUGUGGCAACAAAUGUCCAUUAUGGUCCUUACUUGUGUGGAUCUUUGGCAGGAAUGACGCCAGAAGUAAUUGCUUCGAUUUACACGGGAAUUUUGAUACGAGCAUUGGCUGAUGUAUCACACAAAACAAAGUUUCUAUCUGCUCCACAGAUUGCAUUCAAUGUCGUUGGCUUCUGCAUAGCUAUAGGUACAACAGUAUUUUUCACACUCUAUGCUAAGAGACAACUCGACUUGUUGCGAAGAGAAGAUGAACUACUAUUGAAAAAACAUCAUUAUGGCUCAUUAUAUAUUAACUGA